AUGUAUGAGAACCAACUCCUUAUAUGGCACAAGGAUGUGAAGCUCGAGCAACCCCUGAGAAAUACAACCAAAUGCAAACCUUUCUUUAAGGUCUCAAAAAUGGAAAUAAUUCCAGAAAUCGUAGUAGAAGCCGUACAAGUAGCCAGCAAUGUAGAUCAGGUUCCAGAGGCAGCUUUGGAAGAAGCAAAAGCUGAAGAUGAUGAUCAUUCUGGUCAGAUCCAAACCUAUCUCCUUUACAUUGGAAACUUAAACCCCAAACAUUCCAGUGAAGAUCUUGGCAGUAUGUUGAAGGACAUCCUCGGGAUGGCAAGUGUCACACUCCAAAGAUACGAUAUUGAAGUGAUCAAGAAACGUAAGCAGGCCUUCGCUUUGGUUCAGGUGGCCACAGAAAUCAGCCUGGAGCAAGUCCUCAAACAACUGCUCCUAGCUUCGGAGGCAGAACACAACCUCUCCAAAGAGCUUGUGCAGAAGGGGAAAACUCUUGUGGUGGGACAAGGCAAAAAGCCUGCAUCUGCUACCAAAACUAGCAGAGAGAGUGAUUCCAUGGGAAGCAGAUCAGAUGUUCUCCUAGGAGGACCGCCAGGGCCCGAGACAAGGAAGCAACUGCCCAAUGACAACAGAGCUAAGCCCAUCAGAAAAAGCCUUCAUUACCCUUGGAGACUGGUCGACUGGCCAGUGACUUUCCUGAACAGCACCCGCUCAGACAGUGCCAUUGUCCAUAAAGAGAUUGUGGGGAGAGAAUGUCUAUUCUACGGCGCUUUCAUUGGUGGAGAGACGCGGAAUGUGGAAUUCAAGCAAGGGAGCAGAGAAUACCUGACGACAACGCUGAAGCAUCAUUUGCGGAAGUACAUCUGUGGCUUUCUCAACAGCGAAGGGGGCAGCCUCUUUGUGGGGGUUGAGGACAACGGCUUGGUGUGUGGCGUCAAAUGCGACCACAAGGAAGAGGACAGAAUCCGCCUGCUGACAGACUCCCUUUUAAAAACCUUCAAGCCCCAGGUUUUCCCCACCGCCUACACGCUGAGCUUCAUCCCAGUGGUCAAAGCAGAAGACACGGGCAUCUUCCUCAAAGUCAUCCGGCUGAGCGUCCAUCCUCCCAAGCCGCACGCAGAGCCUCUCCUGUAUGAGACAGAUCAGGGGGAGGUGUACCUGAGGCGAGAUGGCAGCAUUCAAGGACCCCUCUCUGGAAGCGCUAUCCAAGAGUGGUGCCGGCAGAAAUGGACAGAGGAAAUCAAGAAGCUGGAUGUGAAAAUGGGCGACUUGCUGAAGGAGAAAGAAAACUUGCAACAGCAGGUACGUUCGCAGAAUAACAGCCCGAAAUGCUGCGUCAUCUUGUAGCAUUACGCCAUGCCGUCCAUAAUCAUCUGGAGGACAGCUACAUACCUGGGCAGUUAAAAGCUUGGAUCUAGCUGAGGUCGUCUUGCGCCAGGAGUAUGGUGGCCAUGAUUAGGCCCUGCUUUGCUCUUUACAAUACAUGGAGUAUCCUAUUGCAACCAACAUUGGAGAAAGCGGUUUUUCCCUCCUCUCUGUGUGUAUGUGGGUGUGUUAUUAAACCAGUCAGGUUGGUGAA